AUGAAGUUUUCGACCGUUCUUGGUGUGGCGGCUGCCACUUCUCUCGCUGCUGCCAGCCCGCUGAGGAGGCAAUCCAACUCCACUUUUGCCAAAGUCGAUGGCUUGAAGUUCAACAUUGACGGCGUGACCCAGUACUACGCCGGCACGAAUGCGUACUGGCUCGCUUUCACCACUGGCAAUGAUGACAUUGACACGGCUCUCGAUCGCCUGAAGGAGUCAGGCCUCAAGAUUCUUCGCAUCUGGGGCUUCAACGAUGUGAACACCGUUCCCACUGACGGUACUGUCUGGUUUCAGUCGUUUGUCGAUGGUCAGGACCCGGUCAUCAACACUGGUACCGACGGCCUUCAACGUCUUGACUACGUCGUCAAGUCUGCCGAGCAGCGCGGCAUCAAGCUCGUGAUCAACUUCGUCAACAACUGGACGGACUAUGGAGGCAUGGCUGCCUAUAUGAAGCGCUUUGGCGGUUCGGCGAACCCGGACUGGUACGCCAACGCCGAUAUUCAGGCUCAGUACAAGAAGUACAUCAAGGCUGUCGUCUCUCGCUACUCUAACUCGUCGGCCGUGUUUUCUUGGGAGCUGGCCAACGAGCCCCGCUGCAACGGCUGCAACACGAGCGUCAUCUAUGACUGGGCAAAGGAAACCAGCGCUUACAUCAAGAGCCUUGAUCCCAACCACCUGGUUACCCUUGGCGAUGAAGGAUUCGGAGUCUCAGGUGGUGACGGCAGCUACCCUUACACGCAAGGUGAGGGUGUCGACUGGAACAAGAACCUCGAGAUUGAGACUCUUGACUAUGGUACUUUCCAUCUGUACCCCGAUUCCUGGGGCCAAAGCAACGACCCGUUCGGCUCCGAAUGGGUGGUUGCUCACGGCAAGGCAUGUGUUGAUGCUGGAAAGCCUUGUGUCUUUGAGGAAUACGGUGUGCAAAGCGACAAGUGUACUGUUGAGGGCAAGUGGCAGGACACAGCCCUCAACACUACCGGAAUUGCUGCCGACAACUUCUGGGAUUUCGGCACGACGCUCAGCUGGGGCCAGACUAACAACGAUGGCAACACCAUCUUCACGAACACGUCUGACUGGACCUGCCUGGUCACCAACCACGUUGCCAAGAUCAACAACUGA